UGGGGUCAUGUGACGUGGCCGGCGGAGACGGGUGUGUGGCAAGAAAGUGGGAGAGACUAGGGGCUGGAACAACAAAGCUGGAGAGGUGCCGGCGUGUAGGAGCUGUCAUUGAGUUGGUGUCAGGGGAGAAGCUGCCGCUGGGCAGAGCUGUCACAGUGAGUUAGCAGCGUCUGUGUGGGUGUCGCCAGGUUUCAGGGUGAGUCGCAGUCUGGGGGCCGCACUUGCAGCAGGAGGCAUCCAUCAAGGCCUGAGUACACUAAAGGGUGGAAGUGAUAUCACUCCAGGUCUUGCAGUCCUGCCGUGGACCUGUCUCUGCACUUGGUGAUGAUUCUGGGUUUUCGUAUUCUAUAAAUAUCUUUGGGGAAUGGCGGUCAAUGUGUAUUCAACGUCGAUAACCCAGGAGACUAUGAGCAGACAUGACAUCAUUGCUUGGGUCAAUGACAUUGUGUGCUUAAACUACAUUAAGGUUGAGCAGCUCUGUUCAGGUGCGGCCUAUUGCCAGUUUAUGGAUAUGCUCUUCCCUGGCUGCAUUAGUCUAAAGAAGGUCAAGUUUCAAGCCAAGCUGGAGCAUGAAUACAUCCACAAUUUCAAACUGCUGCAAGCAUCUUUUAAGAGAAUGAAUGUUGAUAAGGUCAUCCCAGUAGAAAAACUGGUAAAAGGACGCUUCCAGGACAACCUGGAUUUUAUUCAGUGGUUCAAAAAGUUCUUUGAUGCCAACUACGAUGGCAAAGAAUAUGAUCCCAUGGAAGCUCGGCAAGGACAGGAUGCCCUUCCUCCCCCCGACCCUGGCGAACAGAUCUUCAACCUGCCAAAAAAGCCUCAUCAUGCCAACUCCCCAACAGCAGGUGCUGCCAAGUCGAGUCCCAUUGCAAAACCCGGAUCCACAUCAUCUCGUCCAUCAUCUGCAAAGAAAGCAGCACCGACUCCCUCAGUAAAAAGUGACAAAGAUUUAGAAACCCAAGUCUCACAGCUUAAUGAACAGGUACACUCAUUAAAAAUUGCCCUUGAAGGAGUUGAGAAAGAAAGAGAUUUCUAUUUUGGGAAGCUAAGGGAAAUCGAAUUGCUGUGUCAAGAACAUGGACAGGAGGGUGAUGACCUAGUCCAAAGGCUAAUGGACAUUCUAUAUUCCUCAGAGGAACAGGAGAGCCACACAGACCAGCAGGAAGGAGAGGAGCAGGACCAUGGCCAGGAGGAGGCACAGCAGCAGGAGGAAUACUGACCCACACAUUCACCCACGUCACUGUUGUCAUUUCAUGUGGAACUUCCUUCCAAGAGAACAAUGUGUGGCCACUCACUCUCGACGCACCCUUACCAUCCAAUGUACUAUAGAGAGCGCCAGAAAACCAUGGCAUUCUGUUCCACUUACUUUUCCAAGGCGUGUAUGUUUACAGAAGUUGCCCGAACAAAAUGAAGGGUGUGGGGCUACUCUGCAGCGGCGUGUACCACGUGACUGUCUCCCGUUCUUCUCAGAUCAUUUCCGUGUUUUUUUUUAUUUAUUUGUAAUUGAGCUGUUUCCUCUCUCUGCUUGCUUACAGUUGUAAUAUCGUACAAUAUUUAUAGUUCCAUGAAGAUCAGAAGCCGCCACCACGCAUCAUAAAUGUAAAGUGCUCAGUCAAACCCAUAUUUGUGUAUCAGGUAUAAUAAUAAGCAGAAAUGAAGUAAAGGACACGCCUACAUCAGUGCUGGCUUGUUUGGGGGCAGAACUCAUUUUCCUUUUCAUUUCCACAUGAAUUCAACUCAAUAGUGAGACAGAUACCUAGUAACAGUAGGUACAUAACGCUUAAAGGAAUUGCUCAGUGAAAAUGAAACUAUGUAAAUAGAUAAAAAUGUUCAAUAUAGUUAGUUAGCUAAAUGUCAUCUAUACAGGCUGGAGUGACCAGAUGCCUAGUGUAAGUGUUAGAACUCCUUUGCAUCUUUCUAACCUGUUAAAGUCAGUAACCAAUCAGUGAUUUGAGGGGGAGCAUAUGGGACAUAAAUGAACAGUUAUGUCCCAUGUGCCCCCCAAGUCACUGACUAAGUAAGAGGUUAGAGAGCUGAAAGCAGGAAGUGGUGUUCUGGCUAUUAUGAUGACAUUUUUGCUUAACUAUAUUAGAAAUAUUUUGCAUAGCCUAGGGGCGUAACUACAAAGGAAGCAGUUCCUUCAUUUGCAGGGGGGCCCAGGAGUGUAGGGGGGCCAGUAAAGCCCAAAUCAAUGACCAAUUUCAAUAUAUCUUGGUAGAAUAGGUCAACUUACAAAUGUUUUGGGGCCCUAAAUUAAAUUUGCUGUAGGGCCCACUAACAUUUAGUUAUGCCACUGGCACAGCCUAUCUAUUUACCCACUUUUGUUUUUAUACUGAACUCUUCUGUUAAAUAAAGGUGCUAUGUUACUACUCCUUUCUUAGCUCUGGUUUUGGGUUGUUCAAAUAACACAGUAUGGGCCUCUCUUUUUACGGCCCCCGUAUUCUGCCCACUCCCAGGGAAAUGUUAGAGUGUUUAUUUAUAUCUAUUUGUUACCUUUUUACAAUUGGGAUGUUGAAUGGUUGGGUAUACAUUUGGGUAUACAUGCUGCAAUAGCAGCCGAUAGGUGUCAUGAGAAAGAAAAUGCAGCUGGUUGGUCACUAAAUAUGCAGGUACAUCACUUCAGCAGAUUAGAGCACCUUCGGGGGCAACACCUUCUCUAUUCUCAGUGCUGGUGUACAAUACUUACUAUACACUAUCUCAGCCAAACUGAAAUUGUACAGCGGGGAGAUGCCAGGCUUGGCUUGAGACUGUCACAGAUCUAAAGAGAAAGCUUGCACACACCCUUCCCAGAAGCAAUGAGGCUCAGUGCUUAGUGACAGAGGGAUUGGCGCCCUCCACAAGAAGUAGGGGCAAACCCAUGAAAGUUUUAAUGUGGAAGUAGAGUAGAACAGCAGGAAGUGAAGAGGAUCGGCAGUGCCACUUCAUUUCCUAUUGGCCAAUCGAAGGAUAUUUCUAUUGCAGCAGCUAACCCUUGAUCUGCCUGGAUUAUCUGUCGGUACAACCUGGCAACUUGCCAUACAUGCCAAUGUAGAAUGGUUCAUAUUGGCCAAAGUGCCUGACCAAACCUGGAUAUGAAUGGCUAGCAUCUGUGAGCUGCUACAAUAAGUGAGUCCACUCAUUUUCAUUACACAGAAGGUGAGAGGCAAGUAAGUGUUGCUCCAAUUCUCAACCAGUUAUAACCCACAACCUGUUAUAGAUGCGGCAUUAUUAUUUGCAUUGAGGCUUCUGUGUGGGAAUGGAUAUUCUCUGGCGUGCCCAGGCCACCCAUGCCAACUGAUCAUAAAGUGCCACUCCAUUAUCUAUGGAACUGUAAGCUUUAUUCCUUUUGUUUCUGGUUUCCAGUUUGAACAGUUGCGGCGCCACAGAGUAGCACAGCAUCAAAGUUCUAUAUUUAAUGUAAAGUAAAGGAAUGUAAACAUAUGUAUUGUUCAAUAUAAAUAGACAGGUAAUGAAGUCAUAUUUAGAUGGAAAAAGUCUCAGAUGUAUCGCAUUCAUUUAACAUAGCCACAACUUGUUGCAUGAUAGAGUAGGGUUUUUUGUCCUUGAAUGUGUGAAUAAUUUGCGUUCAUCUUUUUACAUAUUUAAUAAAAAAGGUAUAUGUUACAAAAUA